AUGGAUUCUCUUGGUGGCUAUCUCCCCUACGCCGUUUCAGGCCUUAUUGCUGCUGGCUCCGCAUACUUCUUCCUUAACCGCAAGAAACCUAUUCUCGACCCCAAGGCUUACAAGAACUUUAAGCUUGUUGAAAAAAUCGUCAUUUCGCACAACACUGCAGUAUACCGUUUCGCGUUGCCUCGCAAGGACGACAUUCUUGGAUUGCCAAUCGGUCAACACAUUUCCGUCAUGGCCGAGAUCAACGGCAAGGAGAUCUCGCGUAGCUACACACCCACCAGCUCGGACGAGGAUUUGGGUCACUUUGACCUCUUGAUCAAGUCUUAUCCCACUGGCAACAUCUCCAAGUUGUUUGGUGAGCUCAAGCUCGGUGAUUCGGUUGCUGUGCGUGGUCCCAAGGGAAACUUCAACUAUCAACCCAAUAUGGUCCGUGCUAUUGGCAUGAUUGCUGGUGGUACUGGUAUCACUCCCAUGUUGCAGAUUAUCCGUGCUAUCUGCAAACAUCCUGAAGACAAGACCAUCGUCAACCUUAUCUUUGCCAACGUGAAUGAAGAGGAUAUCCUUCUCAAGAAGGAAUUGGAUGAUUUGGCUGCCAAGCAUGACAACUUCAAUGUAUACUACGUUUUGAACAACCCUCCUGCUGGUUGGACAGGUGGUGUUGGUUUUGUCACCGCUGAUAUGAUCCGUGAACAUUGCCCUGCUCCUGCCAAGGAUGUCAAGAUUCUCUUGUGUGGUCCUCCUCCCAUGAUCAAGGCCAUGACCACGGCAACGGGUGAAUUGGGUUAUGACAAGCCACGUGCUGUGAGCAAGCUUGAGGAUCAAGUUUUCAAGUUUUAG